AUGUUAAGCCUGAGCGUAGCAGUUCCACAUAUUUUACAUGCUCUGGACCGGCUGCGCCACUCCUAUACUGGGCUGCAUCUCCCGAGAGACGCUGGUGUCCGUAUAAAAACCGGGGUGUGGCGAUUGCAGCUGGCAGAGCGUUUGCAGCGACGCCAAAUAGUGGUGGAACGUACGAUCGAUUACGCUGGCUGUAUCGUGGACAGCUUCCUGAUGCCUGUGCAGUGUCGCGGGCGCACCCUGGGACAGCUGGUGGCAGCGCUGGUGGAUAUGCUGCCGCGGGGACACUCCCGCUAG